GGGAGAUGGGGCUCGUGACUACCUCCCAGGUGUUCUCUCUGGGUCUAUCCCUUCUUCCCUCAUUCUGACUCUGCCUCUUGAUUUGCAAAGAUGAUGUGCGGAGGGACUUCGGCCACGAAACCGGCCACAGCUGAAACGCAGCGGAUUGCUGAUGAGGUAAAGACACAGCUCGAAGCCAAAGAAAAUAGGAAGUUUCCAGUCUUUAAGACGAUGGAAUUUAAAAGUCAAGUGGUCGCUGGAACAAACUACUUUAUUAAGGUUCAUGUUGGUGAUGAGGAAUUCAUACAUAUUCGAGUAUUUGAAAGUCUCCCUCAUGAAAACAAGCCAUUGCUUCUCUCCAGUUACCAAACCAACAAAACCAAGGAUGAUGAACUGGUCUAUUUUUAAUGCAUCAUCACUUUGAACAGUUGUUCUUUGUUCUUUCAUAUGGUUAUAUGAUAUGCAUCAUAUGAGCAGAAAUUAAAAUUUAGGACAAUAAAAGGAAUUUGGUAUAUAACAAA